CUCUCUCCAACUCGAACAGACUGCCGGCACCUCUCAACCUCACUGGAUCCCAAACUAGAAGAAGCCCCUCCCCUCUCCUCUCCUCUCCCCUUGCGCUCUCUACACUGCCGACUGGGAGACUAUAUACCAAUGUCCCAGUUCCCUCCUCAUGCGCCAUCGCCCUCCUCUCCUCUCUCCCUGCCUUGUCUUCGUCGCCGACUGGGAGACCACAAUUGUCGCUGCCGUUCCGGUCCCUCCUCCAUCACCCGUCCAAUAACUCUCUCCCCUGUCCUAUCCUUGCCGCUUCGACAUCCCAAUCUCCGACUCUAUCGCCACAACAUCAGCAACAAUUCGAUAACCGUACUCCAUUGGGCGCAUGACGGAAGGUCAAGGUUAGUUGAGGCCUCAAUUGUUCGUUCCUCGUGUAAUGGAAUGCCAAUUACAAGAUUCUCCGGCUUCAAAUGGAGGAUUAGCUGCACCUAUGGAGGUUCUAAGGUGGCUGGAACUCAUUGAACACAUAUUCUAUUUCCUUAGGGUGUUGGCUCCAGUUCAUAUGCUAACUAAGUGGGACUAUUAUAGAUGAAAGGCAAGACUACAAGGCAUCAUUUUUUCCUCCUCGUUGCAGUACUAACUCUUUGUCACCUAACUUGGCUUUUCACUGUCUUAUUGUUUUGUUGGUUUUACAUUGGGCUAAUCAUGGAGAUGUUAUAAACAUCCAGUACUCUGGCACUUGUGUAUUGAAAGGAAACUUCAUAGGUCAUCUGAAUCAGGAAGGAGAUUUCCAAAAUGCUUGAAGCUAAUAAUAUCAGAGUAGGAUACUCUGAAAUUGUAACUACUUUACUGCAACUUUUUCUGAGUUGUUCUAGGUAAUUGACCUUUUUAAGACAUAUAUAUGUCAGUUAGGAACCUAUUUUGCUGGAAUGUCUGCUAGAAACUUUCUCCCUCUUAAGCUCUUAGGCCAUCAGACUGCUGCAAAUCCAACAGUUAACCUUCUCUUUACAUGUCAUUUCACUUAAAGGAAUGAUUAUUUUGUUUUGUUAUUUUUACAUCUUUGGUAUGUUUAGUUUACAUGGAAAUAUACUUGCC